AUGGUUUCAUCCCUGACCCAGAACUAACGAAACUUAUCACUUGACUCUCUCUGGUAUUGUGUUUGAAUACCGAGAAAGAGCAAGGAAAAGACAAAAGAGACUAAAAGAGUAACAUAAUGGCUGUAGGAGGUUUCGCUGUCGAUGGAUCCUCCAAUUUUAAUGGGAGGAUCACACUCUCAGUUGUUCUCACCUGCAUCGUCGCUGCAUCAAGUGGCCUCAUAUUCGGCUUUGACAUCGGAAUUUCAGGAGGUGUAACGACAAUGGCGCCAUUUCUGCAGAAAUUUUUCCCAUCAGUAUUGAGGAAAAUGGCAGAGGCUAAAACAAAUAUGUAUUGUAUGUAUGACAGCCAGGUUUUAACUCUGUUUACAUCAUCACUCUACGUAGCAGGCUUAGCCUCGUCUCUUGUGGCUAGCCGCCUAACGGCAGCAAUAGGCCGCCGAAACAUAAUGGUGCUUGGUGGCAUCACUUUCCUUGCUGGUGCUGGCAUCAAUGGUGGGGCCGAAAAUAUAGUCAUGCUCAUCUUAGGCCGUAUCUUGCUUGGAUUUGGUGUUGGUUUCACUAAUCAGGCAACUCCUAUAUACCUCUCAGAGGUGGCACCUUCAAAAUGGCGUGGCGCCUUCAAUACAGGCUUCCAGUUUUUCAUUGGCAUUGGUGUGGUCGUAUCCAAUUGCAUAAAUUUUGGCACAGCUAAACUCAGCUGGGGCUGGCGCCUCUCACUGGGGCUUGCUGGGGUACCCGCUGCUGUCAUGACAAUAGGUGCCCUUUUCAUAACUGACAGUCCCAGUAGCUUAGUGGAACGAGGCAAAGUCGAGAAAGCUAGGAGUUCUCUACAGAAAGUUCGAGGGAAAGACAUCGAUGUGGAAGCUGAGCUAGAUGAUAUUAUGAAGUCCAGUGAAAUUGCCAAAGCUUCGGCUGACGAAUCUUUCCUGACCAUAUUUGAGAGGAAGUACAGACCUCACCUAAUUAUGGCAAUUGCCAUACCGUCUUUUCAACAGCUGACUGGCAUUAACAUUAUUGCAUUCUAUGCUCCGCAACUUUUCCAAUCAGUUGGUUUUGGAAGUGAUUCAGCUUUAAUAGCAUCUAUCAUACUGGGACUGGUUAAUCUUGGCUCCAUUCUUGUGUCUACGGGUGUGGUUGACCGCUAUGGUCGAAGAUCCUUGUUCCUGGUGGGCGGGGUUUUAAUGUUUGUUUGUCAGAUUGCUGUUUCUUUCGUGCUAGCGUAUGCAUCAGGUGUUGCAGGCAACAAGGAAAUGAGCAGGGGAUAUGCCAUAUUAGUACUCGCACUAAUGUGCGUCUAUGCCGCUGGUUUUGGUUGGUCCUGGGGUCCUCUAGCCUGGCUCAUUCCAAGUGAAAUAUUUCCGAUCAAAAUUAGAGCCACUGGUCAAAGCAUAGCUGUUGCUAUGAAUUUCGCAAUAACGUUUGUGCUAUCACAGACAUUCUUGACUAUGCUAUGCCACUUCAAAUUCGGCACAUUCUUGUUCUAUGCUGGUUGGAUUGGGAUAAUGACCUUAUUUAUUGCAUUUUUCUUGCCUGAGACAAAGGGUAUUCCACUGGAUUCAAUGUAUGCUGUGUGGGAGAGGCAUUGGUUUUGGCGCCGAUUUGUUAAAGACUAAACCCCAACACCAACUCUACAUCAUCAACAGAUAUUAUAUAGUUCUCAAUUCAAUAAGUCUUAAAGAGUCAAAAAUAUAUCUGUUUAUAGUGGCUCUGACCUUUGUUCUUGUUUUCCCACUACAUUAUGUCUAGUGUCUACCAAGUACCUAAGAUUUAUGUAAUUUCCAUUAAUGCUUCUAUAUUGUGAUGUAAAAACACAAUUUUGAUAUUUCUUCCAACAGUUGUCGUGUUUGACAGAAUCUCCAGGAUACAAUUGAACUAGCUUUAUAUGUUAA